AUUAUUAUCAGUGCAAACUGUACUUUUUUUUCCAUUGUGUAUCUGUCGAACAAAUAUGUAAAAUUAAACAAAUACAGUUUGUAUAAAUAACUUAUCCAGUUCGCACUGAUAAUUAUUUGAAUGUAACUAUAUAUAUAUAUAUAUAAAAUACUAUAUAAUAUAAUGUAAUACAAUGUAAUACAAUAUUAUAUUAUAUUGUAUUAUAUUGUAUUAUAUAUACACAAGUUACACAACACGAAUGCAUCGGAUCUCGAAUGAUAUUCUAGGGAGAGAAAUACGGACGAUAACACCCCUCUACAAUUAUUCGACGAAAUGGAAAUCCACCCACUCGUCAUCUCUGUGGAAGCUGACACUUGUCCGGAUAUGUUCCCUACGAUUUAUCGGUGCCUGGAAAAACUCGGGAAACCAAGGAAUUACGGGCCAACAGCUGAGGAAAUGGAAGUUGCACGGAAACGCGCUGAAGCAGAAACACGAGCGGCUGAAGUUGCAGAAAAAUUACGAAAAGAGCGAGAAAUUUUGGAACUUAAAAGGCAGCGCGAAGAGAAAAUGAUGGAAUGGACGAACUUGAUGGACAAAUUGAAACAAGAGGAGGAAGAGAGACUUUGCAUUUUGGCAGAGCCAUUACGGCAUUAUCUGAUGAAAUACGUGUUUCCGACGCUGACGGAAGCUCUGAUAGAAGUGGCGAAAUUACGACCGGAGGAUCCAAUAGAUUUUCUCGCCGAAUAUUUAUUUAAAAAGAAUCCCGAGGGGAGGAUGUUCGAGCCGGAUUAUACGGAAACAAUGAGCAUGCUCCUAGACGCUAUCGGCCGGCAACAAAACGAUGUCCUUCCGAUAGGAGGAUUGGAGGCUGACGUGGCGCAAUUCCUGAAGAGGCAGGAUAAAUUAUCUACCGCGGACAAAAUGGAAAAAAGCGAAAUGCAGAAUGCGGGCGAAGAGGUAGAUGCAACAUCGAUUCUCGAACGGAGCUCUAAGCACGAAAAAAUUGAUGAUUCUGAAAAAGAGGAAUUGGAUUUCGCUGAACAAACCAUCGAUGAAUUCGGAAGCGAAGCUUAACGAGUUGGUCGAAUUAUUUUUAAAGUAGAUAGUAAGUUACUAAUACGUUAUUAAUAUGGUUGUUUGACAUUGUGCAAACUAAACGCAAAAAUGCAAUCGUAUCUCAAACGUUCAUGAUAUGUCCUCAAUAUCAAUUAUUAAUAUUUAUUUCGCAUUAAUAAUACAUUAAUUACUUGAAUAUGUCUCGUUUUAAGAUUAUGUGAAUUUUAAAAGACACUCAAUAUAAAUCAAUCCUCUUUGAUAUUUCAAUAUCAACUUUUCAUGCAUAAUAACUUUGUUAACUUAACUGUGACGACUUUUUUAUGCAAACGUUAUUUUUUUUAAUCUAAUAACGCUGAUGCUCAUCCGAACGUGACUUUGUCUUUAGACACGUGCAAUACAAACUAAAUAUAACAUGACGUACUUAAAUAAUCUCUUGCCUCUUAAUGCAUGUAUUUUUUUUUUUAAAUUAAAUUACAUA